AUGUUCGUAAAACGGGAGCCCAGCUAUCAUACACCUGAUAGCGCUAAUCAAGCGUACGGCUUUUUGCUAAUUCCGUCGACAGAACAAGAACUUCCGGAUGGUGUGCGGAUACGAAAACCUGUGAAGCCGCCACAACCUCUUGCCAAAACACCAUUAAGAUCUCAGCUUCCGCAUGUGGCCUUCUAUAAAAGCGUGCACGUGAAAUGUGCAACUGAAAUGCCCGAUGUCACCUGUUACGGAUAUACAGCUUGGGAUCCAGUUGAAAAAGCAGUGAUUAUUUCAUUUCUUGGCACUGCCACUGGCUUUCAAAUGACCGAUGAAAUACUAAGCUCUGGCCUUCUUCGACAACGGUACCUUUUCAAAUACUUCCAUGAUGCAUUUUUCUUCCUAUGGAAUGGAGGACUCGAGCAACAAGUGCGCACACUCAAAUACCAGUAUCCCGACUAUAAAGUCUACGUGACGGGCCACUCACUUGGAGCAUCCAUCGCUUCAAUAACGGCUGCUUACCUCGUUAAAUGGAAUAUGUGGACGCCAGAGAAACGUUCGUUUAGUCACAUUUGGGCAGCCACGAACCGUUCCCAUACGCGUAUCGUGUCGUUCACCACCGUGACCCUGUACCUCAUAUUCCGCCAAGGCUUGGGCCUGACAGAGUGUUCCAUCACCGAUAUGAAGUAUAACAACAACAUGGCAGUUGGACAACCGUAUACGGUCUGUCAAGAAGCCGAUGGUGAUUAUUGCAGUAAUACGGUAAUAAGCGCCGAAACCUGGGAACACAUGUGGUAUUUCGAUAGAAAUAUUGGUGAAUGGGGUCAGAAAGGAUGCCCAUCAUAA